GCAGUUUUUUUUCCACCUUCCAAUUCAUAUUUCCACGGAUCCUUAUCUUCUCCUUUUCCUCCUCUUACAGCGACAGCUGUGGGUGUAAACGAGCAAAUGACAAUGUGUGUGUGUGUGUAUGUGUGUGUGUGUGAGGGAGAGAGAGAGAGAACAUGUCAGCAUGCUACAAAAACAAGUGUCUAACAGCACCGAAGGAGAGAGAGCGCAGACUGAGAGUGUGGAGAGGCAGAGGAGUGAGUAGUGGCGUUAAGCAGCUCACAGAUCAGUGGAUGCUGACAGACACGCAGCUGCUAACAGGCAGACAAAGACAGAAAACAGGAUUCUCACCUUCCAGGAGGAGAUCUAGGAGGGAACCAGACAUACUGGCCAUUUUUAUCAUCACAGUGAUGGGAAGACAGCAGCAUUACUGCAUCUACAGAUAGAUGCUGGUGACUGCUACUCAGAAUUUUGAUGGGGACUAUUUUCAGCAGCGGAUAAUCCACAUUUGGAGCUUUGGAACCUUGUGAUUUCUCUGCACUCUGCAAUGGCUGCAGGACUCCAUCAGAGAUACAACAUGAGCCCAGGAGCCAAACAACACCAUCUUUAUAUGCACACUUGACGUAAUUUGACCUCCUGGAAGGCUGCAUUUCAAUCAGCAGAUGGAGUGGAGAGGUCUAACCCUGCUUUUGAUCAGAACUCUGCACUUAAUACUAGCAACAGAUGGGUACUAAAAUGUAUAUUUAAUCAUAAAUGAAACUGGGAUGGUAGAUAAUUCCCUAGUAUCCAGAGUGUACAGUAGGUGCCUUGGGAGAAAUUGCUGCAUAACCUGUUUUUCUAUAGCAAAGAGGAAAAAAAUUAUCAAGUCUGGACUUAACAAUAAUAUAUCUCUCAUUAGAUGUCAUUUUUUGACAUCUAAGCCAUUUGGGACUCCAUGUCUAUUUUCAUAGCUACAGUCAAUUGACUAGCUUUUGCUUGUGGGAAAUGGUGUUCUUGAAAGCUUGCUAAAAUAAAAUUAUUAAAUCAAUAACAGCUCUAUGUAGUUUAUUAAGAAAAAGAAAGAAAGAAAUCACCAUUAAGCUUAGUAUACACAUCAAAAGUGAUAAUGGAUUUCAAUGGGAGCCAGGACUAUGGGUCCUAUCCAACAGGACUGCCCUAUAACACAAGUAUGGACUAUGAGGACUACUACCAGGAGCCUGAUGUUAGUAAAAUCAUCAUCCCAUCCAUCUAUGCUCUUGUCUGCUGUAUAGGUCUCACAGGCAAUGCCAUGGUCAUCUAUGUCAUUCUGAAAUAUGCCAAAAUGAAAACAGCCACCAACAUUUAUAUCCUUAACUUAGCUAUUGCUGAUGAGUUGUUCAUGUUGAGUGUUCCUUUUUUGGCCACAUCAGCUGCUGUCCGUCAUUGGCCCUUUGGGUCACUGAUGUGUAGGUUGGUGCUGAGUGUAGAUGGCAUCAAUAUGUUUACAUCAAUCUUCUGCCUGACUGUGCUGAGUGUGGAUCGUUAUGUAGCAGUGGUCCACCCUAUUAAAGCCGCCCGCUACCGCAGACCCACUGUAGCCAAGGUAGUCAAUGUGUGUGUAUGGGGGCUGUCGCUCAUAGUCAUCCUGCCCAUCAUUAUUUUUGCAGACACUGUCCCAGCACAGGAUGGUGGUGUGGACUGUAACUUCUUAUGGCCUGAAGCAGCAUGGUCAGAAGCAUUUGUGGUCUAUACCUUCCUGCUGGGGUUUCUGCUGCCAGUUGGAGCUAUCUGUCUAUGUUACUGUCUAAUGGUGGCCAGGAUGCGAGCAGUGGGGCUAAAAGCUGGCUGGCUUCAACGGCGGCGCUCAGAGAAGAAGAUCACUCGCAUGGUCCUGCUGGUUGUUGCAGUGUUUGUUCUCUGUUGGAUGCCUUUCUACAUUGUCCAGUUAGUCAGUGUUUUUCACCGGCCUCCAGAUCCCAUGGUCACUCAGCUUUUUGUCAUCCUCAGCUACGCCAACAGUGGUGCAAAUCCCAUCCUGUACGGCUUUGUGUCCGACAAUUUCCGGCGUUCAUUCCAGCGCAUUGUGUGUUUCCGGUGGCUGGAGUCUGGGCUGGAUGUGGAACAGGUGGAUUACUGUGCUGUAGCUUUGAAGAGACAAGCGACAUGUAGUCCCCUGGAUUUUCCCAAGGACUGCAUGGCUUCUGAAAUGGUGUUUCGCAAUGGGACAUAUACCUCCCGUACAACCACAGUGUAAUAUUCGAGCAGAGCAGGACCUAAAACAAGUAGAAGCCACACCCUAAAGAGAAUUUUCUCAACCUUGGGGUUGCACAAGGGAGACUGAUAUUUAAUAUGUUUAUAUACUUGUGACAAAUAACUAAACUACAAAGGUUUAGAAAAUAUCAUCAUUUCUAUGUAAUAAUGGACAUGAAGACAUAUACAUUUUCUAAUGUCGGGGGUCACAGAGAUACACAGAGACACAGACAACAAAGCUUGAGAGACCCUGAAGAGCAACUAAUGGAUAAGCAGCAAAUAUACAGUACAGCAACCAUGGCUGGCUGACACAUAUAAAUAAUUGUAAGGACUCCACUAAUAUUCUGUUUUUAAGUGGGCAAGGAUGUAAAGAAUAGUUGAAUAUAAGCACAAAAUGGUAAUGCUUAUUAACAUUUUCAUUCUGUGACGUGACUUAUGAGCAGCCCUAGGCAUUAGAGGCUGCAACGAGCUAAUUACAAAUGUGAUAUCCCACAUGAUUGUCAUGAUUUAAUUUUUCAAUUAUUAGUUGAUGUGUUUUAAAAUGUAUUGAAAUGGAAAUGUGUUUUGGUCUGUAAGUAAUUCCACAGACAUUUAGGAAAAAAAACACAACUAUAUGUUGUACAUUACGGUGGAGGUGGAAGUACCAUUUUCUGACACUGACUCACAUGGCUAAAGUCAGCACAGUAACAGAGCUGUGUCAUAGUCACCACUUUGCUGCCCUUAGAUUCUCUUUUUAAACACAAAUGCUAUUUCCAAAGAUUAUGUUUUGGCAUUUUCACUAUUAUUUGAUAGAUGAUAGAUGAGACAGGAGAGGCAGGGAGGAGAGAUGAGAGUGACAUGAUGACAUGAUGACAAAGCUGUAAGGACUACUUACAGGGCUUACAGGGCGGUUGUGGCUCAGGAGGUAGAGCAGUCGCCCACCAAUCAGAAGGGCGGUGGUUCGAUUCCCAGCUUCUCCAGUCUGCGUGCCGAAGUAUCCUUGGGCAAGAUAUUGAAUCCCAAAUUGCCUCCGAUGUGUGUGAAGAAAAGCACUCUUCAAUAAGAACAAGUGCUGUAUGAAUGUGUGUGAAUGGGGUGAAUGUGAUCUGUAGUGUGAAGUGCUUUGAGUGGUCGAAAAGACUAGAAAAGUGCUCUAUAAGUACAGUCCAUUUACUUUAAUUCACUAAUUAUGUUCAGUUGGUUCUACUUGUCUAUUUUUCUGAUUGUUGUUUUAUAAACAGUGUUGGGUCUUGCUAAGCAAUUUUGUUUAUUGUAUAUUUACAGAAUUUGACAUAUUUAUGUAGUUACCCCAAUGAUUUAUUAUUGUCAUUCUUGAAGGAAAUGUAUCUUAUUUAUUUCAAAAUCUUUCAUCAAGUUUUCUUUGUGAAUUUAUUACAUGAUUACCAAUGAUUAGCUAUAAUUAACAUCAAAUCAACACAUUAAAAGUUCUGAUUUUGGUUCCAUAGUAUCCAAAAGUUUUUAAAAUUUUUACCUCAGCAAAAUAAAUGUAUAUCAUCUGAAAAAAAAUGUUUACUGUAUGUUUUGAAUACCUAUAUGUAUGUGAAAAAUAAAUAAGGGACCAAAUGUAAGCAAUGAGCUAAAAGGAAAUUUACGCCCUAUGAGGUGUUAUUAAGCAUUAUAUAUACAGAUCAGCCACAACAUCAAAACCACCUGCCUAAUAUUGUCUAGGUCCCCCUCAGUUCUGACUUGUCUGGACAUGGACUCUGGGGGUGUCCUGUGGUGUCUGGCACCAGGACACUGGGGACAGACCCUUCUAAUUGCAAGGUGGGGCCUCCAUAGAUCUGACUUGUACUGGAUCAUCCCACAGAUGCCAAAUCAGAUUGCAGUUUUGUGGUGUGGUGGGAGCAUCAUCCUCCCUGAUACUGGGGAACAACAAAGUUAAGGUGGGUGGUACGUGUCUAAGUAACAUCCAGAUGAAUGUCAGGACCCAAGGCUUCCCAGCAGAACAUUGUAUGUAAGGACAUGAUCAAUGUUAUUCACUUCAUCAUCUUUUUAAUUGACAUUGUACAAAACAGAAAUUUUACCACACGCUGUUCAUAUCUCAAACCUUUAAGUGUAAUUGACCUUGUCUAUCUUAUAUGCAGUUCUGCAGAUUUGUAUAACAAAGGUAAACUCAAAAUUCUUGACAAAGUGAAUUUCUGGGUAAGGUGUUAGUAUGCCAGUAAACAAGCUUUUUUUUCCAUUAACACACACUAAUAAUAAUACUAAUAAUUUAUUAAUAUUUUGGGUGAAUAACACCCACAUAAUGAAAAGGUACACUUUGUGUCAUUUUCUCAAGGCUUUUAAAUAAUGUUGGAUUCUUCCCGUGAUGUUUCUGUAUUUGCUGUAUCUUGUUUUGUUCAAUAUUUGUUGCUGUGUAAAUGUGAGGUUUGUCUGAAUUCAUGUUUGGUAAUUACAAAGGCUCACAAAACUGUUCAUUUCA